UGACGCUCCAACUCAUGAUGGCUGUUUGUACAGCUGUGAUUGGCUCCAUGCAGUUUGGCUACAACACAGGUGUCAUCAAUGCCCCUCAGAAGAUCAUUGAAGGCUUCUACAAUGAGACGUGGAAUGACAGAUAUGGAGAGUUCAUACCGCCAACCGCACUAACUACACUCUGGUCUGUAUCAGUUGCCAUUUUCUCUGUAGGCGGCAUCUUCGGCUCCUUCUCAGUUGGGCUCUUCGUAAACCGUUUUGGAAGGAGGAAUUCAAUGCUUUUUGUUAAUGUUCUGGCCUUCAUCGCUGCUGCUUUCAUGGGCUUCUCCAAGCUGGCUGCAUCAUGGGAGAUGCUUAUAAUUGGACGUUUUAUUGUGGGCCUUUACUCUGGCCUGUCCACAGGCUUUGUUCCAAUGUAUGUGGGAGAAAUUGCCCCAACUUCUUUACGUGGAGCACUGGGCACUCUUCAUCAGCUUGGCAUUGUGAUUGGCAUCCUCAUGGCACAGGUCUUUGGCAUUAAAGAAAUCAUGGGGACCUCAACAAUGUGGCCCUUCCUUCUGGGCUUUACCUUUAUCCCAGCCAUAUUACAGUGUGCCCUGCUGCCAUUCUGCCCUGAAAGUCCUCGCUACCUCCUGAUCAACCAGAAUGAAGAGGCCAAAGCCAAGAGUGUGCUUACGAAGCUACGUGGAACUGAAGAUGUGGGUGCGGACAUGGAGGAGAUGCAGGAGGAAAGCAGGCAGAUGAUGAAGGAGAAGAAAGUCACCAUCCCUGAACUGUUCCGCUCCCCACUUUAUCGCCAGCCAAUCUUCAUUGCUAUCAUGCUGCAGCUCUCCCAGCAGUUCUCUGGCAUCAAUGCUGUUUUUUAUUAUUCUACUGGUAUAUUUGAGAAUGCAGGAGUGCCAGAGCCCGUCUAUGCCACUAUUGGUGCAGGAGUUGUGAAUACAGCAUUCACAGUGGUAUCUCUGUUCAUAGUUGAGCGGGCUGGACGAAGAUCACUUCAUCUCAUUGGGCUGAUGGGAAUGGCUGCAUCUUCUGUUCUCAUGGCCAUAGCUAUGGCACUACUAGAACAAGUGAAAUGGAUGUCCUAUGUCAGCAUUGUUGCCAUCUUUAGUUUUGUGGCAUUCUUCGAGAUUGGACCAGGCCCCAUCCCAUGGUUCAUUGUGGCAGAACUCUUCAGUCAAGGUCCCCGGCCCUCUGCCAUUGCUGUCGCUGGUUUCUCCAAUUGGUUUGCCAACUUCCUGGUGGGAAUGUGCUUCCAGUAUGUUGAGCAACUGACGGGCCCAUACGUUUUCAUCAUCUUCACUGUCCUUCUGCUGAUCUUCUUCGUGUUCACCUACUUCAAGGUUCCAGAAACCAAGGGCCGGACAUUUGAUGAGAUCUCAGCGAGCUUCCGCUCUGGGGCAGAGAAAUAUACCCGAGAUGAUCUCAAUACACUGGGGGCAGACUCCCAGCUCUGAGCAAAUAAAUUAAUAGCUAUAGGCUAACCAAUUGACAGUCCUCAGCUGUAGGAUGGUGGGUAUGUUCACAAUGGUAUGCUACCACAUUAUUCCUACAAGGAAUACAGUAUGUGUACGGUGCACAUUAUGCAUUUUUUCUGUAUGCACUGAAUAUCUAAAUUACUUACCAAUUACUACAUUUGCCAAAAUGUGCAGUAUUCAUCCAGCGCACACUCAAUAGCUAGCUAUCGUACUUCUCAAUACAAUAUAGUCCAUAAAAAUGAGUGCCUAAUUGGACUGCCAAUAGCUAUAAUAUUCAUAUACAAAAUUGCUACAAAAUGUCCGAAUUUAUUUCUGAGGUCAUAACUGGAGACCUCUCAUUGUAAACAUGCCAUGUAGUGAGUCAUAUAACAUCAAUGUACCAUAUUAGGAUUUUAUACAUUUGCUUUUGCAUACUUCUAUUUCGAAUACUAUAUAAAAAGAGCAUGCAGUGUACAGUAUGAGUGUAGUAUGGAGUUUUCAGUAUUUAGUAUUCCAUUCUGGGGGCCUGGGUAUAUCAGCGAGUAAAGACACUGACUACCACCCCUGGAAUCAUGAGUUCGAAUACAGGGCGUGCUGAGUGACUCCAGCCAGGUCUCCUAAGCAACCAAAUUAUUUCUGUUGCUAUAGAGGGUAGGGUCACAUGGGGUAACCUCCUGGUGGUUGCUAUAAUAUGGUAGCUGAUGCAACUGAGAUUGAGGAGAGUCACUACGCUGUAACGGUGGUGGCCCCUGUACUAAAUUAAAAUUAAUUUUAAACUUAAAAAUUUGGGUGCCAGACAGGUUUAGGCCUGUCAAAAUUAAUACCUUGCCCCAGCUAGCUCUAAAAGGCACCAAUUACAUGAAAUAAAAUAACAAAAUAAGAGUAUCAAAUUUCAAAGCGUAAGUAUAUUUUAAAAUGGCAUAAAGAAAACAGUAAACAAAAGGCAAGGAGUCAAAGACUCAAACAAAAUACCAGCAAUAAUCAAAUACAUAAAUCCCAACAAUAAUUAUUAGGGGGGGUCCUACGAACCCAUGCCACUCCACUUUCACUGAAGAAGUGCAAACAACGGCUAUGAAGAAAAUCCAGGCCUCACUCUCUGGUGAUAAGCACUGUCAGAUUUCUCCCCUUGUGGUUUCUUCCUCUCUUCUCCAAUCGUGUUCCUAAUCCACAUCCCAGUACACAAAACUAACUUUCUCCUUACUCAGCUCGGCACACCUCAACUUCACAUCUAACCAGUCUCAAAUCUCUCUUCUUUUUCUUUUUGACCUCAACAACCAUCUUCCUGGUUACCUUUAUAGAACCUUAUUGUUGACACCUGGUAAUAUGAAGAGCAACCAUUUUAGUUUGUGGCGGUGGAUCCUUAAAGGGGCAGUGCGCAGUUCUGCUCUGCCACAACGCCACCACGUGGACAUAAGAGCGCAUUGUGAAUUGGGCAUUCCAAAUUGGGGAGAAAAAGGGGAGAAAAAUAAAUAAAUAAAUGAAAUAAAGGAUUCCAUUCCAAACAUACCCACUGUCUCAGUUCAGAAACAGUAGAAGCAUUUCUCCCCAGCAGGGCAUACAAAGAGCGGCAUAAAAAGUCCUACUUUUUUGCUCACAUUAUGAAAUCAAAUUGUUUAAUAAUAAUGAUAAUCACUCACUUUUUGUUCUUUUCUGCAUAUUUACAUGCACAUGAAUUUGACUAUAUUAUAUAUUUGUGUACUACUACAAUUGUAGAACAUUUAGUUCACACAUUUCAACUUAAAGAUAUUGUUUCAUUUUUCUUUGAUUUACAUUAUUAUUGCAUAACCAUUUUAACAAUUUGUUAACCAAGAGUCUUUUGUGAGUUCUGAAAUGUCUACUGAAGGUAGAUCAAACAUGAUGUAAGAAUUGCAUAUUUUUUUAGUAUGUGAUUGCUAUUUGAUGUUUACCAAGGAUUAUGUCAAGAUUAACUAACACAUGGAAUAUGAACUCAAAACACAUUUUAAAACUGAUAUAGUUAUACCAGCAGUUCUCCUUCCUUUUAAAAGCAUGGACUAGAGUGUCUAAUGCCAUAUGAGGUUUAAUAUAUUUUAAACUGGACCAAGCUUAAAUUGCUAUGUUAUAAAUAAUAUAUAUAUAUAUAUUUGAUAUUUUUAGAUUUGUCUAUUCAAAGACUGGAUUGAUUUUGUGCAUAAUGUUGAUGAUAAUUUAGUACAUUGUUCAUUUUGCAAAGGUGCAAUAAUUGUUCACAUAUCCUUGUUUAUUUAUUCCACACAUUACUAGGCAUUACUAACGAAAUAUGCUUCUAAUAUAUUUUGACAUUUCUUGUGUAAAAAUGUGUAUUUGUCUAUUAGGGUGUAUGUGCUAUGUUGUUUUCACUUAACAUAGCAUAAACACAGGAAAACUGUAAAUAGGUUCAGUAUGUGCUCAGUAUUUUGAGUUUUUUAAACCUAAAAAAUCCGAGAUGGUUUUUCUCAGUACAUCACAGAAAUUGCAUUAGAAAUCCACAAAUUGUGCCAAGAUAUGCCAUUGUGUGAGACUUAUUAUAUAUAUUUUAAAUAACAAAUGUAUAGUUGGAAAUAAAUAA